AAUCUUGUGCCAAUGCAUGCUGAUCUGCUUUUCAUUUUUUUCCAGGAAAGACAGUCAGGGUCAGGAUCCCAAAAUGCAACAAAGUGCAGAUUUCGGAGCUUUGGCGGCUUCUUCGUCAGGCAAAAAAGCUCAAAAUUCAGAAGAAAAGUGAGGAAGUUAGAAUCUCAGGACAGUGUGAAAAUAUUACGGUUGACCCUCCAGAAUGACCUUCCUGGAGACAGACGGGAGCAAGCAAAGCCAAAGCCCAUAGGACGCGCUUUCGCCAUGGUGGCCAACCGACCCUCAAGCAGCCGCACAUUGGCCUCCGAAUGCAUCAAGUCCAGCAACGGGGACGAAGAAAUCAUCAAGGUGUACCUCAAAGCCCGGGCCGAGGACAAGGCCAAGCACGAAAAGGGCCUCCACCGCUUGAAGAGUGACAGCAGUCAACCCCAAGAGCCGCAGCCGGAGAAACCAAAUGGGAUCCGCCUUCACCGAAACGCCUCGCAUCGCAGCCUAUCUGCCGGCCAGGACGAUCCCGCGUAUCCCAGCGAGGACAUCUCCAUCAUGCGCGAGACGACAAGGAGGCUCUUCACAAAGCUGCAGGAGGCCGAGAAGCGGCACCAGUCGGACCGGGCGGCCUACGAGACAUCCAUCUCCCAUUACCGCAGGGAAGCGGAGCAGUCCGGCACGGCGCUCAGGAAGGCGGAAGUGGCUCUGGAAGGCAAAGACGUGAAGCUGGAUGAACUGCAGAGGCUUCUCACGGGGAUGGAGAAGGAGCACCAGGCCCUGCUGCAGAAGAUGCAAGACGGCGAGUCGGAGCUGGAGCGGCUGCGGAGCCUCGAGGGAGACAGGCUGGCGGAACAGGAAAGGUCGGCCAAACUGGAGAAGGAAGUGGCCACUUUGCGAGAGAAGAUCCACCACCUGGAUGACAUGCUCAAGAGCCAGCAGCGCAAAGUCCGGCAGAUGAUCGAACAGCUUCAGAACUCCAAGACGGUGAUUCAGUCCAAAGACGCGAUUAUUCAGGAGCUCAAGGAGCGGGUGGCUUAUUUGGAGGCCGAGAACCUGGAGAUGCACGAUCGCAUGGAGCACCUCAUUGAGAAGCAAACCAACCCCGGGGCCCUUAGCACCAAGUCCCGAUCGAAAUCAGAGUAUGCCAGCAGCAAAAGGUUCGCCAAGCCCGUGGGCCCCAAGCCGUUGCCGCUCAUCCGCCUGGUGGAAACAUGAACCUGAGAAAGGAAGAGGAACCCACUCCGAGCUUCUUGGGGGUCCGUGCCGCCAGCCGCUUUGCCCUGCCGCUUCUCGAACCCGCAGCCGCUGGGGGAAACGUUGGCACCCCUCUGAAUGUGACAGAGCCUCCUUUCCGCAAGACCUAGGAACGCACAAGGGACAGUUGAACAGAAAAAACCCACCUUCCUCCAUGGAUGCCUUCUGCAUUUUUGCAAUCCUGCCUUUUGCGUCCUUUCUCCCUUUGGCCAAAGAAGGUUAGACAUAAAUAGACCUAGGUUUCCUUGCUUCGAACCCAAUCAAGAGAAGAGAAUAUUCCACGCCAAAAAGUUCAAUAUGGCCCCAUUUAACAAAAUAUUAUAAUAAUAAUCAUAAUAAUAACUACUACAAUUAUUAUUAUUAUUAUUGAUACAGACAGUAAUAAUAAUAGUUAUAAUAACUACUAAUAUUAUUACUACUUUGUGUCAAUAAUAAAAUAGUUAUUAUUAUUGAUACAGACGUAAUAAUAAUAAUAAUAUUGUAACUUAUUAUUAUUAUUACUGUCUGUGUCAAUAAUAAUAACUUUUAUUAUUGACACAGACAAUAAUAAUAAUAUUGUAACUACAGUAGAGUCUCACUUAUCCAAGUUAAAUGGCCCAGCAGAAGCUUGGAUAAGUGAAUAUCUUGGAUAAUAAGGAGGGAUUAAGGAAAAGCCUAUUAAACAUCAAAUUAGGUUAUGAUUUUACAAAUGAAGUGCCAAAACAUGUUAUACAACAAAUUUGACAGAAAAAGUAGUUCAAUACGCAGUAAUGUUAUGUUGUAAUUAAUGUAUUUACGAAUUUAGCACCAAAAUAUCAUGAUAUAUUGAAAACAUUGACUACAAAAAUGGCUUGGAUAAUCCAGAAGCUUGGAUAAGCGAGGCUUGGAUAAGUGAAACUCUACUGUACUACUACUACUAUUAUUAUAUUAUUAUUACUGUCUUUGUGUCAAUAAUAAAAUAGUUAUUAUUAUUGACACAGACAGUAACAAUAAUAAUAGUAGUAGUAGUUACAAUAUUAUUAUUAUUAUUAUUAUUAUUAUUACUCUCUUUGUGUCAAUGAUAAAAUAGUUAUUAUUGACAUAGACAGAAAUAAUAAUAGUUACAAUAUUAUUAUUAUUACUAUUAUUAUACUGUCUUUGUGUCAAUGAUAAAAUAGUUAUUAUUGACACAAAGACAGUAAUAAUAAUAAUAAUAAUAGUAGUAGUAGUUGUUGUUGUUAUUAUAAUUAUAUUUCCUCUAAGGAUGUGUUACGUCCUCCAGGUAAUUCUGUGGUAGGAAGUGAUCAUAGACUCACCUUGGAGGAAGUAGGAAAUUCAUAGAUUCACUCCACCUUCUCAGAACUUCCUGUGUCAAAGCAAUUCUAUGGGAAGUUGUUCAUUUCAAUAGGGUUUGCAAUAAGUUCAGGAACUCAUCCUUUGCCGAUCGGGGAGUUGUACCGUAGCUUAAUUCACACAUAACUAAGGCGGUUCCUUUAAAUUAGUAAGAAGAACAAAGGAUGUUGUUGUUUUUUCUAAUUUGAGAUAUUUUCCAGAAGAGGAAGAGAGCGGAGGGAUUGCGACAUCCCGCCCAAAAUAUGCCAUUUCUUCCCAUAUGAGUGUUCACAGAAGGGAAAAAUAUGGAUUUUAGCCUCGUUGGUCGGCGACCUCUAGGGAAUCGGUGCCUAUUAUGUAACUUAGCAUAGUGUGUGCGUGUGUAUAUAAAUAAAUGCUAAAUUGUGUUUAAAAUAUG